AUGGCUCUCGAAUGGGUUGUUUUAGGUUACGCAGCGGCGGCUGAAGCGAUCAUGGUCGUGCUUUUGACGAUGCCUGGGCUUGACGGACUCCGCAAAGGAUUGGUCACCGUCACUCGUAAUCUCCUGAAACCGUUUCUCUCGAUUGUUCCAUUUUGUCUCUUCCUUUUGAUGGAUAUCUACUGGAAGUACGAGACGAUGCCUUCGUGCGACGGAGAUUCCUGUACACCGUCGGAGCAUCUCCGUCAUCAGAAAUCCAUGAUGAAAUCGCAGCGAAACGCGCUUCUUAUCGCGGCUGCACUUGUGUUCUAUUGGAUCCUUUACUCGGUUACCAAUUUGGUUGUUAGGAUUGAGAAUCUUAACCAGCGAAUCGAGAGGCUCAAGAACAAGGAUUGA